UUUUGCUCUCUCAUACAUACACACACUCUCACUGUGUUGAGAGCAGAGAGACGCCAGAGAGACGCCAGUCGGGCAGUUCUUUGCACUGCGCGUUUUCUGUUUAGCACAGACCGCAUAUUUGUCGAGGCAGACUACGCUGGAGUGGACCAGAGCUCUCCACUUCUGCGAAGGGACACCCUAAUGCACCCGAAUUUCAGCACUUUGAACAGAAAUGCUGCUGAUUUAAUAAGUGUGUGGCACACACACAAAAAACUUCAAAUUGCGACAUCCACCAAAAACCUUCAAACCUGUUGAAAUGAAGAACCCACAUGAGCUCAGUGGCCCCAUGAGCGAGUGUGCCUUAGCCGCCUCAGACACCCACAAAAAGUUUAAGAGGAAGGCACGUGAGCCCAGGAGACUCUUUCAUAGCUCCGACACAGGAGAGGACAGCAGCUCCAACCCUCUGGCCCAAGGGGGAUUAUCCACCUCUGCCUUCACUCAUGUUGAGAUCCCCCACUGGCCAACAGCAAUUUCCCAGCCCCUUUGCAGCCGGCUCCGGGUGGGGCCUAGGUCCUCUUUCAGCAGCAGCCACCAGGAACUGCCCCUGAGUCAGACAACAUUCAGGCCUCAGUAUGAGGAGGAGGUUGAGCACAACUCUCCAUCACCUAAGGAAUGUCAGCGGCUGAGGCCUUGUUCAGAAACAGGCAUCCAUGGUCCAGAGGUGAAGGCCAUCCAGCAGACCAGGAGGCUACUGGCCAAUGCCCGGGAGCGCACGCGUGUGCACACCAUUAGUGCUGCCUUUGAGGCCCUCAGAAAACAGGUGCCAUGUUACUCCUAUGGUCAGAAGUUGUCCAAGCUGGCCAUUCUCCGCAUCGCCUGUAACUACAUCUUGUCCUUGGCUCAGCUGGCCGAGCUGGACUACAGCUCAGAGCAGAACAAGCGCAGCUUCUCCCAUUGUGUGGAGCAGUGCACCCACACCCUGCAGGCCGAGGGCCGCAGCAAGAAGAAAAAGGUCCAGUCCUCACUGUCCUCAUCUCACUAUUAAGAACAUGGAUCCCUGUGUCAAAGGUCACGCCUCAACAGCAGCAUGAGAAUGUAGUCACUUAUC